UGUUCUUGGAAAACUGUUUCAUUCGAAAUAAUUGAAAGUUGCUUGAGGAAGCAUUCUUGUCCCCUUAUCUUUGACGAUUCUGGUCCUCAACAUGAAGCCCAAUAUUUGUUUGUCGGUGCGUGCCUACGCAAAGAUGAUCCUGCACGCCAGCAAGUUUUCGCAGCGUGCUGUGUGCGGAGUUCUUCUGGGUGCGGAAGAAAACGGUCGAGUGUACGUGGAGGACGCUAUACCUCUGUUUCAUCAGGGUUUGGGCCUCUCACCGAUGAUGAAUGCAGCUCUUAUGCAGGUGGAUGACUACUGUCACAACAAUGAGCUACAGAUUGUGGCAUACUACCAAGCCAAUGAGCUACUGUCCAACACACUGCCCGACACAGUGGCAUGCCGAGUGUCUGAUGAGAUCCAAGAGAAGUUCCCACAUGCUGCUUUGCUCAUGGUGGAGAACCAGAAGGUUACUGCAUCAGCAGAUGAUUUGGCUGUCAAGGUGUAUAAGUGCCAUGACGGCAAGUGGAGGGUUGCUGAGCAUUCUCUCAGCACGCUAGAAGGAGGAAUGGCGUCGGUUGAGGUUGUAGCGAAGCUUCUACGCGAGCGUGGCUACGCAGACCUGGUCGACUUUGACAGUCAUUUGGACGACGUGCGCCUGGACUGGCUCAACCCCAGCGUCAACAGUCUCAUCUCGCUCUCCGAGAAGGUGUAGUGUCUGCCGCAGGCGUGUGUGUGGCGGCUAGGUAGAGAGUGUGUUGUGAAUUCAACAGUGCCGCUCUGCAGUCUAAGGUAUGGCACUGGUGAUGUGUGAGAGUAUGAGUGUUUAGGAGCGUUACUGCUGUGUUCCGACCUGGCCAUUUGCCUGCAUCUUCACAGUGGUCUUGGUCGACGGCGCCCAGUCGUUUAGAGUGCUGUAUGCGUCAUCGCAGACCAAGCAAGCACUCACUGCUGUACUGUAUUGGUGUGUGGGUAUUUCCCCUGAACAACACGCCGUGGUAGUGUGGAAGUAUUGCCUCUGGGCUGCCAUUGGCACCCGCUGUUGUUGAUCCUCUUCCCGGCAUGGCACAGCCAGUAGCACCGCGGUGCUGAGGGUGUAUAUUGACUGUUCAGCGGUUAUGUACGAAUCGCCGCGUUGAUUGAGUGACCCACGGAGAACACCUGUGUCUGCUGCAACAGUGUCCACGGCAAUGGUUGGGCUUGAUUUGUUGCUAAGCAGCACUGUUACCAAGCAACCAUCGUUCCUAGGCAGCACUGUUGCUAGGCAGCACCGUUGCUAAGCAGCCAUCGUUGCUACUUUCAUUAUGAAUAUCACAUGCUCUGAAUACCCACGUAAAGGAUGAAUCCUCGCUGGGUUGUAGAGUAGUCAGCAAUACUUCACCUUUCACAUUCAUGCCUCUCAACCCUUCCCCCAAUCUUAGUAGUUUCUACUUGACUCUGCAAAUGCCUCCGUGUUUUUUGUUGCAAGGACUUUAGUUUGCAGCACCGCCACAUGAGUGGAGAGGUGACUGAUUAUUUAUGUGAGCUCCAAGUAGCUCCUGCAUGACCUAGUUAUUUCAAAAACUUGUUUCCUAGCUCUAAGCUGUUUUUACCUGUGGUUUCCAGUUUCCACCUGCCCUGAUGUCUCCUGUCAUGUUUAGUGUUGGGACGUGUACCUUAUUUCUUCAUGAGUACUAGUGCUGUCAGCCAGCUAUA